CGCUCCCCGCGCGCGAUAGAUGGUGCGGUCCAUCCAUUCACUGAAGCGCUGCAGCAGCGGCGCUCUGACAGUUUGCGGUGUUUCUCAGUGUAACUGAAAGGGAAGCCGGCUCGCUGCGGCUGAGCUGGGGCAUUUCUUAGCUGUCAGGUGAUAUAGGGGCGGCGGGGAGGGGGCUCCCCCCACCAUAUCAGCCCGAAAUUUCUCCAAGGUUGUUUGUAGCCACCCGGCACAAGCUCGUGGUCUCCUGCCCUCCGGGUUCGUUCGAUGCAGCGCGACAUACGUAAGAUGGGCAAGGGGCAAGCGGGGUUUGAUUGCGGCGUUCUCGGCUGUGCUUCUCGGCAGCAUCAGCGCUCUCGUUGAGUCCAAUCGGAGCUGAUCUCCGCAGUGUCUUUUCGAGUGUUCAAGAGUCCUGUCUAGCUACUGCGACGGCUACAUAUGCGUGUUAGCCAACACACGGGUCGUUUGCUGUUUUUGGGCUACGGAGGAUACAUUUACGUGUACAUUUAAUCUUACUGGUCACGUCUUUGUACGGAUCAUGGACUGAAUUGUGUGCGAGAGCAAUAAUCGACAGCAGUGUUUUCUUGUGUGUAUAAAUGAUAGAAGAUACAAUGACACUGUUGUCUCUUUUGGGUCGGAUCAUGCGUUAUUUUUUACUCAGGCCAGAAACCUUGUUUCUGCUAUGCAUAAGCUUGGCUCUAUGGAGUUACUUUUUUCACACCGACGAGGUGAAGACUAUCGUCAAGUCCAGCCGCGAUGCCGUGAAGAUGGUGAAGGGGAAAGUGGCGGAGAUCAUGCAGAACGACAAACUCGGGGGUCUCGACGUCCUGGACGCCGAAUUCUCCAAAACCUGGGAGUUCAAGAGCAACAACGUCGCGGUGUAUUCCAUCCAGGGCCGGCGGGAUCACAUGGAAGAUCGCUUUGAAGUGCUCACCGAUGUUGUCAACAAGAGCCAUCCGUCCAUAUUUGGAAUUUUCGACGGCCACGGCGGUGAAGCAGCUGCGGAGUACGUGAAGACGCACCUGCCCGAGGUGCUGAAGCAGCACCUGCUGGCCUACGAGAAGGAGAAGGAGAACAGCAUCCUGUCCUACCCCGCCAUCCUGGAGCAGCACAUCCUGUCCGUCGACAAAGAGAUGCUGGAGAAGCUCUCCGCCUCCUACGACGAAGCAGGCACUACCUGUCUGAUCGCCCUGCUCUCGGAUAAGGAGCUGACCGUGGCGAACGUGGGCGAUUCUCGGGGGGUCCUGUGCGAUAAGGACGGCAACGCCAUCGCCCUGUCACAUGACCACAAGCCCUACCAGCUGAAGGAGCGCAAGCGGAUCAAGCGGGCAGGGGGCUUCAUCAGCUUUAACGGCUCCUGGCGGGUGCAGGGCAUCCUGGCCAUGUCCCGCUCGCUGGGCGAUUACCCGCUGAAGAACCUGAACGUGAUCAUCCCCGACCCGGACGUGCUGGCCUUCGACCUGGACAAGCUGCAGCCCGAGUUCAUGAUCCUGGCGUCGGACGGGCUGUGGGACGCGUUCAGCAACGAGGAGGCGGUGCGCUUCAUCAAGGAGCGCCUGGACGAGCCGCACUACGGCGCCAAGAGCAUCGUCCUGCAGUCCUUCUACCGCGGCUGCCCCGACAACAUCACCGUCAUGGUCGUCAAGUUCAAGAGCAGCCACAAGGGGGCGGAGCAGUGAGCCGCUCGGCGCGUUAGCGUCCGUACGGCCAGGGUAAGAGCAGCCCGGGUUCUGGAGCGGGAACUGUUCAGUAUUUACUGCAUCUACCCCCCCCCCCCCCCCAUUCUCCGUUGCACGUAUACAUGUGUGCACACACGCGCAUACACGCACACAUGCAUACACACACACACACACAUACAUACACGCACACACGCACACACGCGCACACAUACACACAUACACACUCAUUUGUUUUUACAAACCUGAUUUGUUUUCUUUUAAUGAAUUUUGGAAUAGCCUAAAGCCGUUUUAGAAAUAACAGCCACACAGCAGAUAUGAGCUUCUCUCCCUGAGUUUAAUAUUAAUAAGGAUUUGGCCUGAGCUCUGACUCGUGUCCUACUCUGAACAGACACCAGUCCCUCACUUAGUGCCAUCGGACAGUUUGAUAAUCUGAGAUAAAAGGCCGUUCGGCUCCUUUUAAAAAGACAGCAUUGGGCCUCAUAAUCAACGUUGUGUUGAUUGGUUGUUUAAGUGAGGUCAUAGUUCAUAGGGGUCGUGCGGGGUGCUGGGGGAGAGAGGUCAGGGGUCAGUAUCCCAGCAGCCACCUGGCCCCCUUUGAUAUGAGCUCAUUUCUCUAUUCUCUCAUUCUUUAAAGAUUCGCCUCUCUCUGGCCUUUGAAGACGUACAGAACACUUUUAAACAUAAUCACAAGCACGUGCGCAUGAAAUGAAGAUAACAUAAUACAUCUUUUACACGUGUUAAGAAGUUUAAAAAUAGGUUGAAAUGUGUAUUGAAGAAAGUUACCAUUGUGUUUCCUCCUCCUUAAACCCCAACUCCAUUUUAACUGAUGUUUCAGAGGCCCUUCCCAGUUCUCGCUGU